UCUGGUUCAGAUUUGAGUCACUGAACGCCUUCCGACAGAGACAAAACAUGUCACGUACGUAACGGUUUGAAUUAGCUGUUCAUUUCACAAAUUGUGGAUCAACUGCUAUAUGAUUCCCGUCGUGUUGUUGGCCAACAACCCAGAAAGAUGCCACAGAAAACACUGGGAUCCAUUGUAGGUCUGCUUUGCAUCGGGACCUGUUUGGUACAGGGUAAGGAGUUCUGUUUUGGAGUGAACAAUGAGCAAUACCGGUGUGAGAUGGGGUACUGCUGCGGUGAGACGGAGUGCUGCACCUACUACUACGAGCUGUGGUGGUUCUGGCUGGUGUGGACCCUCAUCAUAAUGCUGAGUUGCUGCUGUGCCUACCGUCACCGUCGGGUCAAGAUGCGGCUGCAGCAGGAGCAGCGCCAGCGCGAAAUCAGCCUUAUGGCCUACCAGGGUGCUUCUAGCUCCUUCAUCUCCCCUCCACCCCUCAACCUAAGGUUCUGGACAGACUGCAAGCUUCCUGACUAUGAAGAGGUGGUGGGUCAUCCCCCGACUCCCCCUCCGCCUUACUCCGAGAUUCCCCCAGAGACCACCACUGCUAUCCUGCUGCCCUCCAUCCAAUCAGAAGCGGUCGUGGUGCUGGAGCCCCCAACAGAGGACGCGCCAAGAGAGGAGCAGACCGCCAAUUCGUCAUCAGACGAAGAAGCCGCGUCUGUGCCCAGCCAAUCAGAGCGACCGGUGGAGGUGGACCCUGAAGGCCCAUUGGAGGAGCUGCUGACCCGGCGCAGGCACGUGACGGGCGACUCAGGGAUUGAGGUGUGCGUUUGCCAACUAGAUGAGGGCUCUGGGCCGGAGGAGGACGAGGAGCAGGUGUGUCAGGGGGCCACGGGGGACUGCUGCUCUGCCUCUGAUCACCACCACACCCUCAGACACAAAGCGAGAACCCCUGAGCCCCAACCUCAGCCCCAGGGUCAGACCACCAGCACCGGAGACCGCCUGGUCUGAGCUCCACCACCUACCAUCCCAGAGGCUGCUGUUGCUGCCCGAUCUGUGCUGUAGGGAGGGAGACCCAGGAGAGCUCUUGUCAUUGUCAUCAUAACAAUAACUCCGACACCACCAGCAAAUGAAAUGCCCCACAAUAACUCAUCAAAUUAACCAGGUUGUCCUGUUGUUUAACAUCCUUCUCAGUUAUGAUCCAUAUAAUGACGAUGACACAAAGAAAAGCUCUUAUUUGAGAAAUAUGAUUUUUCGUGUGGCUAAUGGCUUAAUUGUUUAAUACCCAUGGUCCCUCUGCUUUGUUUAGUUCUUAACAAGGGGAUGAUGAGGAAAAAUGCUAAGUCUUCCUGGAUGGGGGAGGGGCUGAGACUUCUAGAGAGACCACCAGGUGGUAAGAAGAGGUGUUGACGCUGGCACAGAAUUGACUACAUCUACCCACCCCCACUGUCUGGCCUGGACAUUUUCUUCUGGUCCUUCUAACAUUUCACCUACGUGGGGACAGGACAGUAUACCGCAACAGUCACCAACCCACAGGCCUCUAGGCCCCAGCACAUAAGGGUCAAAACAGAAGAUAAUGCUUCAAGACACAAUCCUGACCUGAGGGGACUGAACAAAGUGUACGAACUGUGACAAAUGGAACUUGUUUUGUUUUUGUAAGGGUGUGUACUGUGUAAUCUAGGAGACAGCUGCAAAGUGAUGUCACCCCUGAGUCAUCUUAGCCUGUGCCUGGUUUCCUCGUGGAGGGACAGCAGGGCUAUUUGCAUCCAGAGAAGAGGCUGGGAAGGGGAAGUGAAGAUGUGCCUGUCUCUUAUAGGCUCUCCCUCUCUGGAUUAUGUCCCAGUAACAUCAGACUCCUCCCCCUGAAUCCCCCCGCUUCCCAUCCCUCGUGACUCCUCCAGUACUCCGGUCAACACUUGGCCAGACUGAAAUGUAUUGAAUGGACUGGAACAGACGUUUUGAUGUGCGGCCAAGUUCUGUCUGUGGCCAAGUGAACUCAAGACUGUAAGCUGUGACAUUAUCCCAUCGCUGUGCCUGCAACUUGGUGUCUAUAAAAAAGCCUCGUGGUGGUUGACCGUGUGUGUCCCAGCCCGGCAGUGAUAUUACCAGGAAUACUGAAGGUUCAGCUCUAUAGUACUUUGCUCCUUUAUCAUUUUCUUGUCAUUGUUUUACUUGUCUCUAAAACCAGCUUUGGCUGAGGCCAUCUUACCCACAUUAAUAGCAACACAGCUCUACCAAGGUGCUGCUGUGGGUGUAUUGUGUGUUUUAUAGGAUGUGUAGAGGAGUAGUCUUAUUUAGCGUAGCCACAAAGUGCCCUGGCCCCUGGUGUAAUGCACUCAACUCACCAGGCUUUAGACCACUUUUAUAAACAAUGCACUAGGAUAUUGCAUAGAGUCAUUUGUUUGUGUCUGUGUGUGGGUAGUGUGUUUUGAUUCGUCGUGUCUGAAACAUAAAGCGACACACACCCAGGCCAUUGGCCCCAAGCUGGCACUUAUGAAUCGGCUGCUGUUUUGAUCCAGCAACAGCCAGAGCCUGAUAGUGACGCAGCUUCACCACAAGUCUCCUGGUCGUGUGGGGCUCGGACUGAGUGAACCAAGGUUUUAAGUAUAGACACCCUGUACCUAGUUUCAUCAUGUUAUGACUGCACUGGGCCUGCAGUGUGCUGUUGCGUUCACCCUUGGCUUGCGGUGGUGUGUGAACCCUAUAGGAGCAAUGCUAGAGAUUUGUGGUGGUAUUUUCCAUUCAGUGGGGUGGGGGUGGCUUUGCUAUGUGUGUAGUGUUAGCAUAGCUGCACACUGAUAAACUGCAUGUUCCUCGGUGUUGUGCGUCGCUUGCCUAAGCAUGUGUGUCGAAGCGUAGUUGUAGAAUCGGGUGUGGAGUGCAUGUGAUCUUACUGUGCAGUUCCACCAAGAAGAAGAAGCAGCACCACAAGUCCAGCUGCUUUUUUGGUGGGGGGGGGUUGUUUAAAUGGCAGUUAUGUUUUAUUAUUUAGGGUAUUGAUUUGCUUUCAUACAGCACUGAUCAAUUAGGUUAUGGACUGAUGCACUGUUUAUUAUUAACGUCUAAUGAAAAAGGAAAUUGACACAGAUUUAUUCUGAAUAUCUAUCCAUAAAUAUGUAGGAUCUUAAUUUGAUCACUCUGUUGCAGGAUAACCUUCCUGCAAUUCAGGAAAUGUAAAACAUUUGGUGCAUUUGAGAUUUUAAAAUUCACAUGGCACUCACACAUCUGAGUUAUCUUUGUUGCAGGUGCAUGGUAGCAGUUGAGAAAAAAUAUGAAACCUGCACACUGCUCUGGCUAGUAUCACUGCUCUUUAUUAAGCUUUAUGUAUCAGCCUUAAGGCCUUUUGUACUACAAACUUUAAUAGAAUACUUAUGAAAUGCACAUUGUUAUAUUUGGUGACAUGUUUAUUUUCCCUCGACUCCAACCCCAUUCGAUGCAUUGUACUGGGUGGAGUGCAGCAAUGUCUACAUAAGGGUGCAAAUUAAAAAUACAAAAGCUCUGGGGAAAAAAUUGCCUUGAGGCAGAUAUGUAAAGCUUAAUAAAGAGCAGUGGUACUUUUUUUUUUUUUUUCUCUCGUGUAUUUGAGAUUUUAAAAGGAUUCUGCAGUUUUGUGAUUUUCACUUUGAAAUUUCAGACAUGAUUGUAUCAACCCCUACAAAAAUGUCCAUGAAUUAUAUUUUCACAUUUCCUGUUGCUGCAUGAUUAUUUUCCUGCUGUAGCAAACUGGCUCAAAUGUAAGAUCCUACAUCUAAGUUGUAUGUCUUCAACAGUGUGAAGCCUUGAUACUGUAAAAGUAAUGUUUUAAAAGUCGUAGAGCAUAGUCAUGCACACAGUCCUGUUCUCAUUCUCACAUUAGGACAACAUGUUUUUUAUAAGACACCUUAAGCUGCCUUGGUAGGUUGCUAGGGAACAGACAUGAGGAUCGAGCUGCAGAAGGCCUAUGAACAGACUCCGUUUAGAGGUCAUUCUGAGGCAUAGGGAAAUGCCUUACUACGGUGGUCAGUUGAAGUUGGGUACAGGUAGACUAGAUGUGUUUUAGGCUUCUGUAUUUGAUGAGUAGGCGGUUAUAUUUCAGACCUAUGCUUUUUGAAGAUGGCAAAAAUGUUUGAGCAUGUAUUUUUUCCCCCCCUGGUAGUCCAGAGGAGUCCUUUAUACAAAUGGAGUCUGAAGUGUAAGCAUCUAACAUGUAUUGGUCAGCGCAACUUGUUGUUCUAGGAUGUGGUAAACUCAGUGAAACCACAAAACAAGAUCAUGACUCCCAUAUGUCGCAAAAACUGUGGCCUGUAGAAUACACAACAUUUAUUUAGUCAGAAAACGUGUAUGAGAAAUUCCCUUAUCUGUGGUCAUGUAGAAUUUUUAUCUUAGGUACCCCUAUUUUGCGUAGAUAAAAAAAAAAAAAGUUUAGUUAAAGGAUAUGAUGGAAAUUUUAGUUUGAUAUUUGAACUGACCUGAAAGCAUGUUGAAUUAGUAAAUGGAAGAAGAAAAAUGUUCAUGAAUGCUUGUUUUGUUUUCUUGUGAUUUCAUAUAUGUUUUUUUUUAAUGGUUGGGGAAAAUCUCCCAACUACAAAUGUAGAGGCUAAAGUGCAUUCAUUUUGAUGCAGUAUAGGUUGAAGGUAAUGGAAAUUGAAAAGGUGUUUUCUUGUUUUUGAAAUGAGGAUAAUGGGGACCCAUAGUUUCAGUCCCAUUGCGCACUCUGCUUACUGGUCAAGAUUAUUGCCAAACAAGCUUCUUUGGCUUUCACAUGUUUACCUAGAUAAAGGGCUAUCAGUCAAUCAUGGACAAACAUCCUUCCAUUCAUCUGUUCUGUAAUUUUCUUCUUUGCCUACAGUUGCAGACACGGUAAUAUCUGAACAUAAUUGUUUGGAUAUCUUUUCUGUAGUAAAUAAUAGGCUAUUUGUAAAAAAACUUUCUUUACAAAUAGCCUAUUUUUUUCUUUUGGUUUCAAUGUUCAGAAGCGUGUAUCUCUCUUUUGCUCUCUCUUUUCCUCUCAAGCCCCCCACCUGGUCCACAUGGCCUCUUCGGUAUACCAGCAAAGAGGGCACAAGCUAGGUUCAGUGGCAGGUUGGGUAUAUGGUCCUUGGUGAGGUAACUAUCCCCAGGUGUGAUGAUUGGGGGGGCUUGAGUCAUGGCUCAUUGCAUCCCUCUGGAUCACGAGGAACCCCUCCCCCUCCAGGGGGCCCGAACAUGGUAACAGAGAGUGCGUGGCAACCCUCACCAAUGUUUGUCUUUUUUGAGGCAGGGUUCUUGCCCACGCAUGUACUGCAGGCACAGUGCACAAUUAUAUUUUGAGAUUGUUUGCCAGUACCAACCAAUUACUGUACUCAACUCACACGUGACGUCUCACUUACAUAUGCAUACUGUCCUAUUGUCAUGAAUAGCAAAUGUGGUUUUUUAUGGACAUCUGUAUUUGACACUGAUCAGAAAUCUACUAUUGGCACCAGUGCCAUCAGUUGUCAGCUCAAGUUUCAUUUACCUUGCUCACUAGGCCAAAGCUCUGUCAUUGUAUAAUAUCCUCCUUUUACCUGAAGUGUUCCUCUUCAUUUCAGCUACACACGCCUCUGUAAUAUACUGUACCUGACUAGGCUAUGCAAAAACAUAAACCCACUGAUGUAUGCUGCAAUAACUCCUGUCUGUAGUUGCCAGUACAAGCAAUAUUUCUGUCACAAUGUACCUCAGUUGGUAUGUGUAAUGUCUUUGUUUAAAAAAUAUAUAUAUAUUUAACAAAAAUGAAUGGUUAUUAUUGCUACUGUCAUUUGUGUAUAUGCUUUAAAAGUAAAUGUGUAUCUACAUGUUACCUCUUGGUGUGUGGGGAGAAAAGAUGAAGCCAUUCUAGUAAAUGUUUCACCUUUCUGUUCAUCUUUAGUGACAUAGUGGAUAGAAUGUGUUGCUCGCAUUCUAAUCUGCUAAGAAUAUUACUCUUGCUUUUAUUAUUAUGGGGGGAUACAUCUGUUUUGGUUGUUCAAGUUAAAGUAGUGUUUUGAAUGCUUUUUGUGGGAUUAAUGCCAUUUUUAAUCUUUCCUCAGACUAACAUUAUUCUGUUUGCUCUGUGGGUACUUUUGCCACUGGUCCAUCCCUUGUGUGUUGCACUGUCAUGGCGCAUUGGGUGUCUUUGUAAACCGCAGCACGUCUGUCCUUUGUUUUUAGUGUUUGAGGAAUUUUCAAUGACUAAAUAGUAAUAAGUUCUUGCUUUUUUCUCCUCGAUUGCCCAACCUUUUGAUAUAGAUAGCGACUGCGACCUGUAUCAAGUAUGGAAGCCAAUAUAACCCAAUGCUAGAUGGCAGAGUGGUGACACCUCAGCUAGCUCAGAAGGUUUUUAAUUUUUAGAUGGUCUCACUUAGGGGUGGGUUGCACUUGAAUUAUACGGCAACAAUGUACUUGCCCCAUAAUCAAGGAUGCCCUGUAACCCAGAUGUUGCUUGCAUUUCUCCCUCAACCAUAGUUGGAUAAUGUUAAGCGGAUAUUGAUUCGCGUGGUAAGACUUUUCCAAAACGGCACAAAUACCCACGCUUGAAAAGGAAGCGGUUGUCCAGAAGCGCAUACCCCUAUCAUUAUCACCUAGAACAAGCCAAAACAAUUGGGGAAUGCACUGAAAUGUGUGGUACAUUUGAAUGCUUUGGUUUAGUGGGGGUCUGCUGUGUACUCUCGGGGUCAUUUGUAUUUUAUUUUUUAUAAUAAAACAAACAUUGGCACUCAA